AUGCAGUUCAGAUCGGUCGCCAUCUCGCUGUUCGCAGCAGCUGCCGCUGCGCAGUCCAACUCGACCUUGACUGGUCUUGUCUCGCAGCUCCCCGAAUGCGCCAACAGCUGUUUCCUCAGCUCGGCCAAGUCGGCCGGUUGCGCCGCCACCGAUUUCGACUGUCUCUGCGGCGACGGCCGCUCCAAGUUCAUCAGCAGCAUCACCGGCUGCAUCAUCACCAGCUCAUGCGACUCCAAUGACCUGGGCACCUUGAACAGCCUGGCCGGCCAGAUCUGCACCGAAGUGUCCGAGAACCCAUCCUCCGCGGACGUCGCCUCCGCAUCAGCCAUCGUCACGUCCGCCCUCGGAACCGCAGCUGCCGCCCAAGCCACCGGAACAACAACGAGCACCCCGAACGUCGCUGCGACGCCCGCAGCCGGCAUUGGUAUGAUGGGAGGCGCGGCCAUCCUGGCGGCUUUGGCGCUGUAA